CAGUAGUGAAACGUCGUCGUUGAAUGUCGAAAUUCAGAAUUUCAACCACCUAGGCAUCUGAUUAACAUUACAAACAGAGAUGGAGGAAUUGGAGAGCCGACAGACCCAAAUUCUCAACAGAAUCACUCAACUCGAGCUCUCACUCCUUCCUCCAUCCACCGAUGAACAACCCUCCGCCACCGUAGCACGCCUCUCCGCCGCCCUUGUUGCCGGCGGCGUCAAAGACUUCUCGUUCAAGCGGGUUUCCUCCGAUUACUACGAUUGGUCAUUGGAAGCUCGACGAGAUGUUCUUGGAGCUGCUUCCAUUCAUCAUCUCUGCAAAAGCAUUGUCUUGGUAAAUACUCAAGCCGCAUCCGAUAUUACAGAUUGUAGUAACCGCCAAAAUUCAAAGUACUAUGUUGUUGUUGUUCAGUAUACUGCUCGGUUUAGUGCUGAGUCUGUAAAAAACUUUCUUUAUACGCUCAACAAUGGCAAGAUACCGAAAAAGAGAUUCAACUUAAGACUUGCUCCCGAAGAGAUAUCACACGAAUUGACUGGUUUUGAACACAAUGGAGUAACAUGUGUCGGCAUGAAAACGGACAUCCCGGUUAUUUUGGAUGAAGCAAUUGUGAAGCUUCAACCUGACUUCUUUUGGCUGGGUGGCGGCGAGAUAGAUCUAAAACUAGGAAUUGGGACUUCCGAAUUCAUCAACUUCACAAAACCGUUCAUUGUGAAUUGUAGCGGUUCUUGAUUAUUUGUCGCAAACAUUGUAGCAAGAUAAUAUUAUUGACAGAUGAAAGAUGGAACAUGAACUGUAGAAGCUUUCAAAGUUUUGAGCCCAUGUUCUCACUUUUGGAUUUGGUUUUAUGGGUCUCUAAUUUUUAUUUUUGAUAUUCACUUUUAUAUGUAAUCAACUCAUGUGAAAGAGUGCACAAUUAAUAUUU